AUGCGUGAUUGGCAAGAAAAACUUGAAAUCUAUUUUUUAUCGAUGAGUAUAGUAAAUUAUGAUGAAAUUGGUGUUCCAAAAAAGUCUACACAAUGGUAUUAUUUUAUGGUAACAUUUUCACAAAUCGUCGGCAUCAUAGCACUUAUUAUAAUUGGUGUUCUUUUUGGACAAUAUCGUGGUGGAUUUGGAUGGGGAUCGGAUCUUACAAAAGUAUUUAAUAAUCAUCCAUUACUUAUGACACUUGGUAUGGUAUUUUUCUAUGGUGAUGCUAUAUUAGUUUAUCGCGUAUUUCCUAAUACAAAAAAACUUUUUGUUAAAAUUCUUCAUGGAACUUUAUUAGCACUUUCACUUAUUUUAUCAUCAAUUGGUCUUAAAGGUGUUUUCGAUAGUCAUAAUCGAGCUGUUCCACCACUAGGUAAUCUAGAGACACUUCAUUCAUGGAUUGGUAUUAUAACUGUAACUUUAUUUGGUUUACAAUGGGUAUGUGGUUUUACAACUUAUCUUUUUCCAAAAUUAAGCGAAAGUAUUCGUCAAGCAUAUAUGCCAACUCAUAGAUUUUGGGGUAAAACAAUAUUUAUUUUUGCACUUGUUUCUUUUAUGACGGGUAUUGUAGAAUAUUGUGUAUUUGAGAAACUGUAUGAUGAUAGUACAUUAAAAUCUCAACGAAAUAUGUUCAGUAUAGCUGGCAUUCUGUUUUUGAUUUUUGCUGCUAUUAUUAUUUAUCUCAUUGGUGAAAAUGAUUUCCAACGACCUCCAGACAAUGAUGAUGAACAUAGACCUUUAACUGAGUGA